CCAGCUGCAGAGCCCUCCCCAGACACUAAACACAAGGGCAAAAAUACACCAAAGGCACCAAUGCCAAAGAGCCAUGCUUGGGGACUAUCCUGAGGGUUCAGGUAAGAAGCAACACCUGUCCAUGGUUCCAGACAGGAGUCCAGCUGGGAACCCUCCCCAGCUAACCCUUUCUGAGAGGCACAAAAAAAACACUCUGCGACUUCCAGAAAAUCAGAGAGAGAGAAAUCGAUACCCUCUCCUCCUGGCUCAGGUCUUACUCCGCAAUCAGCAGGCAGCUCAGCCUUGGUUACCACUUGCAAGCACGAAAGGGUUAAGGAGAACCUUGCACAAACUUUGCUGCGAGCUGAGCUCGCAGCCUCCCUCCCUUCCCUCCUCGCUGCCGAGAUGCAGCAGCUCCGGAGCUCUCCCGAUCCUCUCUGCUCUGCCUGCUGCCUGCCGCUGCUGAGGGAGGGGACUGCCUGCCGCACGCUGCCUCCAUCCAGGCGGUGAAGCACACGAAGAGAAGUCUCCUUGCCCCUUCUCCUGCUGCCUGCGAAGGAAGGGCUUCAGCACUGGGGCUGCUGGGUCAGUCAGUUGCCAUCUCAAGACCUGGAGUAAGAGCCACCCCUGCCAGCAAACCAUGUGAAUUCAAGAGCAGAGAAGAAAGUGCGUUUGGCACGCCUGUUGCUUAAAAGGCAAUAUCCUGACUCCAGCAGUAAGACAACAAACCUUUCCUGCAUAAAUCCCACUACCUGGGCGGAGAUGUUCCUAGAUAAAUCACCAGCAAGCUCAUGGUGUGAAACAGCUGCUCUAGUGCCUAGUCCCAACACCCCUGCCUGCUCUGAAAGAAAGACAACUUGUUGACUAUUCCUAAGGAGAAGCUCAAAACUAUGUAUUUUAAGCAAGUGUCAGUAACCUAAAGUGGAUUAGGAGAGAAAAGAUUGCAACCUUCCUCGGCUCAUACAGGGGUAAACCACCUGCUGUGGGAGAAGCUGCAGAAAGCUCACUCUGGAGAUGACCUACUGAAAGAAGGACCUGAGCAUUUUCAGGACAAAAGAGAAGCUUGGUGGCAGUGUAAAACACAAGUUUUGUGCCUGUUAUCAUUGUAAGAGCAUCUUGAAAAAUGAUUUACAGAGCCCCGUCUUAUGCAGUCUGCUUAACUCUGUGAAACAGUUGUGAGACCAAGAAGAUGGAGCAUUCCUUGCUGAAUCCUACUAAGAAGAUGUCCUGCCAUCUGUUCUAAGUCUCCUCUCUUGACCUGCUUUUAGUCUGGUGAGGUAAGACGUGAAAUUUGACAAUAAAUCGGGAAAAUGGACCAAAGCUGACAGAGAGCGAUGACUGAGAUUUAUUUCAAAUUCCGUGGAAACCUGACUGGCCGUGUCCACUUUCCAACGCUGGCUACAGAAGUAGACACAACAGCAGAUAAAUAUGCCAGCCUGUACAUUUACGUGGGGUUGUUCUUAACACUUCUGGCUAUCCUUCUCAUUUUGCUUUUCACCAUGCUUUUGCGCCUAAAGCAUGUUGUUUCUCCAAUCACUACAUCUCCAGAGAGCACUGAGAAUGCUCAGCAGUUCACAGAUGUGGAAAUGCGCAGCAGGAUUCCUACAACUUAGAGACCCCAAUGCAAAGAAGGCUCUGUGUUUGUGAAACAUAUUUUGUUCAGCACAAUUGGGGUGGAAAGAAUCUCUGUGUGCCUGUUGAGCCCUACAACUUAUUGCACAACCAUCAACAGCAGCAUAGAGCAGCUGGUGAGUGUCAUGCAACUCAGACACUGACUGGCUGGGACACACUGGCUGUUGACACUACAGGCAACAUGUGUGCAACACCCUCAGUAAAAUUUACAUUAUGGAAACCUACUGCUGUCAACAGACUCAUAUCCCUCUAAAAGUCCUUGUAGAAAAUUGUAAAAGUCACAAGAAUGACAGCAAAUAUAUGUAUAUACAAAUAGAAAACAGAGAGAUUCAUACCAGAAUGUGUGCUGGACCCUGUAUUUGGUGGCCUAUCUUUCUGCCUUUAAAUUCCUUGGCUGUGAAAAGAGAUGACUCAACAAAGUUAAGUGAUGUAACUGCAAAAAGCCUAUUCAAAUGAAGAGCACAUAAAGAAAUGAUCAGUGGUUCAGAAAUUCUCAGACAUUUCUCCCAUUCAGGAAGGAAAACCUUAAACUGCUUAACUGCUUUUUUUUUUUUUUUUUUUUUUGCCGUUAUUUUUUUUUUUCCACUUGAAUGGCAGAUUUGCACAACAGAGUUUCAGAAGUAUACAAAUGGUUCAUCACCUGCUGGAUCUAUUGGUUUCUGACAUUAAACACCAUACAUUGAGCAGUUGCAUCCCAGAUAUCAGAAAGAGAUGUUGCUUUUGAAAGAAGAAAAUAAAAGUAAACUUUACCAAAGGUAUAAAAUAAAAAGAAAGCAUCAGCAGAAAAUGAGCAGCAGUAGAGAAAAAAUAUUAAAAGACACCCUACCUCUCUUUUCUUGCUCUCAUUUAUAUUCACUGAGCUGACUACAGACACAUUUGUAUCUUUCAGCCUUCCCAGUAUCACUCAGUAAUUAAAAUGCAGUGUAAAGUUUGUGAAUCAAACGGGCAUUGUUCUCCUAACAGACACAAAUUCAGAAUAACAUUUCCUCUCAUAUUCAUGUUGGGUUUUCUGUCUCAAAACACAUAUCAGUUCUUCCAAAGCUUUUUUUAGUUGUUUUCCUCCAAAGAAAGCUGAAGAAAUGCCAGGACCUGGCACUACAAUAAUGAACAGUGUGAACAGCUUUGGACAUAGUCUAGUAGGGAACAUGCAGAUGGAAAGCAAACUGAGCACUGAAAGACAGGGCUGGAUUCAGAUAUCCUGGUGGCUCGUUUGGAACAGUGAGGAAAAAAAUGAUUACUUAAAUUUAUGGAACAACAGCCUGACCCAAUGCUCUCACCCAUGAAAGAUGUACAAAGGUAGGCUUCGUUUCUGUGGAUAGGAAAGAUGGAAUCAAAUAUGGCAUAUCACUUCUGGAAGAGCUGCUACCUCUUACAGAAAAACUUCAAAUUAGAUUGUUUCUGCUAUACCUCUGGUACUUUCCACAUUUCUAUGCACUUUUUUGCCAAUUCCCUCCUCUCCAAAGGCCUGGGAAAUGUACACGCCCCACAAAAAAAAAGUGCUAAAAUUAGAGAUGACACUGACUCCAUGGUCUUGUGAUAGUAACAAAAACUUGUUUUUCAGAUGCUUUGUGUACACCUGUUUUUACCUUUAAAAGUCUGUGAGCUGUUUGGACUAGAAACAUGGCUUCUUUAGCUGGUUCUGUGGGGACAACAGAACAUCAAGGAACAUCCAUACCACCUAUUGUUGGUCCAUGGGGAGGAGGACUAGUUUUUUUUCAAUGAUGUAUUUAGUAUGAAGAUACUUUAAAACUGCUUCCUCAUAUUGAAUAGCACCAUUAAUUCCCACAUAAGGUUUAAUCUGUGAAAUAGCAUGUUGACUGUGCAAGGAAAAUAUAGCACACUUGUGGCUUCACAACCAUACUGGUGGCUUCAUGCUACUCUCAGCACUGUACAAGAGCCCAAAUUCUGUGUGAUGACGAUUUGAAUAUUAAUCCACCUAAGCCAGAUGGCUACUAAGUUAGUCAAUGACAUUUAAGUGUAACAGAAACAUAUGCAGAUCAUAUGGCCUGGUAUGUAUCCUGCAUUCAGCCAUCAGGGUGCAGACUAGCUCAGGCUCAACAUCUGGCUUGCCUCUCAAUUUUCUUGAUGCACAAUUUGAAAGCUACAGCUUACUUGAAUCAUUAAUGAACUAUCAUAUCAAAUCAGCAUCUAAAACACAUUAACCUUUCAGCACAACUAUCUGUAGAAAAGCUUUAUUUCCAAGAAGCUGCAGGACAGAUUCAUAUAUUAACAAAAAAUAUCAGGCCCACUAAUAGAAAAUGAUAGUAUCAGAAUCGGAGCUGGGAUCCGCAUUCUGAUUGCUCUGGUCUCAGCUGAAAAGCCCCUAAAAGUAGGUGUCAGGAUUGGGUUUUUGCCUUCUGUUAAUUCAGAAGACACCUUUAACUGUUUAAAACUCAUUCAAUAAAUGUAUUGUAAACAAAAUAGCAAUCAUUUUGA